UUUUGUCAGCUGCAGACAAUUCGAAGGAAGAGGAAGAAGAAGCAAUGGCGGAGUCCAAGUGCAACCCCACAGGCUACCCCGAUGAUGGAGGGCCGCAGGAGGAGGGAGGCAGAGUGAAAACUAAGCCUGUCUCUUCUAGCACUGUGGAAGGAGGAGCGACUACAGUCAAACGUACAGCCCAGCAUCUUGCUGCUGAAGCUGAGGAUGAGCCAUCGACAUACCCGCCAGCACCCCACAAAGUCUCUAAAAUCGGCUUUGGCAUGAGCAGUCAGAUUGGAAAGAAGUCUAACUCUAUCUCUAUCAAACUUGGAGCAACAAAACCGAAAGAGCCUGUAUCAGCAGUUCCUCCAAAAAAGACAGGACUGGCCUCUGUUUUUAAUGAGGAUGAUGAUAGUGAACCUGAGGAGAUGCCUCCAGAAGCAAAGAUGAGGAUGAAAAAUAUUGGCAGGGAGACACCAACAUCUGCAGGACCCAAUUCCUUCAAUAAGGGCAAGCAGGGCUUCUCCGAUCACCAAAAACUCUGGGAGAGGAAGAUGAAAGCUCAUGCGGAUAAACUGUAAAUGACUACAGCUUUGUUUGUAAUGUCAUAUCGCUGUCUAUGAAGGUCCCAGUAAUUCCUCACUGCACCCUGUUUUUUUUUUUUUGUUUUGUUUUUUUCCCCUGCCCCCCCUUUUUUUAAUAACUUCUGCAGGCUUUCUCCUACCCUUAUCCUAUUUAGGACCUGUGAACAGGGUAAUUGUAGGAGAAAUGCUUCAGUCUGGAUUGGGGCUGAGCAGUGAGGAGCACUUUGGGCCUGUUGUAAUAUUAAGUGACUGAAGUCGAGCUGUAGCUGGUAGAGCCAUCAGAGGGUCACUCCUCUACAAGGAUGAAUCCAUCGUGGAGUGACUGAGAGAUGGCAUAAAACAUAAACAGUAAAGUAGUUUGAACUGUCCACAAUUUGCUAAGAACCAUAUGACCUUGUUUUCUGAUGUUCUGCUGACCCUUUCGUACUUCUGUACAAAGGUUAACCCCGCCCCUUAUGGUUU